AUGGCUGAGGGUCCAAUAGGGCUACUAACUACGAGUUCUGGAAAACUGGUGGAUAUAAGAGAAACAAUUACAUUAAACUCUGAUUCGUUCUCAAACCAGCAUCACAUAGAUUUAGUAACACAUAUCAACGAUGAGAGGAUUCCUGAAAGAGUCGUGCACGCUAAAGGAGGCGGAGCAUUUGGCUAUUUUGAAGUAACUCAUGACGUAUCAAAAUACACUAAAGCCGAAGUGCUUAACGGUGUUGGAAAAACGACUAAAGUUUUUGUUCGUUUUUCUGCAGUAUUACAAAAUCUCGGGGGUAACGAUGCUGCGAGAGAUGUAAGAGGGUUAUCAGUCAAAUUUUAUUCCAAAGAAGGAAUAUGGGACUUACUAUGCCUUAGUACUCCUGUUUUCUUUCAUAGAGAUCCAAUUGAUUUUCCUAAUUUUAUUCACUCUGUGAAACGAAAUCCUAAAACGAAUCUGUUUGAUUUUUCAACCCGUUGGGACUUUAUCACUAAGAAACCUGAAGCACUAAAUGGAUUUUUGCACGUGUUAUCAGAUUACGGAAUACCGAAUGGUUACAGAAAGAUGGAUGCAUUUGCAAUCCAUACGUUCGUGAUAAAUAACAAACAUGGGGAUAAGUAUUUUGUAAAAUUCAACUUUAGAACUGAACAAGGAGUUGAGGUUCUGACGACAGAUGAAGCAGCUAGAGUAGGUCGGGACCCAGAUCACUUUAACAGAGAUGUAUAUAAUGCGAUUGAGAAAAAAAACUAUCCAGCUUGGAGAUUGGAGAUGGAUGUCAUGACCAUGGAAACCAUCAAACAUAUCGAUUAUAAUCCUUUUGAAGUUACCAGGCUAUGGAAAAAGGGAACUUAUAUAACUGUACCUAUAGGUCGUCUUGUACUGAAUAAAAAUCCCGAUAACUUUUUCAGAACUGUCGAAUUGAGCGCUUUUAACCCAGCUAACUUAGUACCAGGUAUUCCAGGGCCAAUGGACAAUUUGUUUAGAACUAGACGAUCGUCGUAUCGCGAUGCACAAACUUACCGCUUGUCUAUUAACCACAACAAAAUUAAAAUAAACCAGCCUCUUUAUUGGAAAGUAUAUAAUCGUGAUGGCAAACCUCCAGUUGAAGAAAAUAUGAACGAUGCGCCAAAUUACUAUCCUAAUUCGUUUAGUGGUCCAGUUCCAUACAUAGAUCCUGCGAGGCCUAAGGAAAGAUUUACAGUCUUUGAUUCUAAUGCAAUUGAUUUGGAACCUGCAUCAUACUUCUAUAACCAUUACCUCUGCGACGAUGGCCAAAGACAAAGGCUUGUGAACAACACCGCUCGGACACUAGUCUCAGUGUCUCCGGACCUACGGAGGCGGGUGAUACGUUUGUUGACAUUAACAGAUCCACAGCUUGGAAUGAAAGUCGAGGCAGGGCUGGAAGUAGCACUGGAAACUCCUCAACCUCCACCACCAAAUGCUAUUAAGAUCCCAAGACAUAAUCACAAAGCAAGGCAUCAAAUAUGUACCAUAGUUAACAACUAUAAAAAUUAUUAUGACUAAAUACAAUUCAUGCGUUGCCAAUCAAUGUCAUAAGCCCCUAAAAUUUUGUGUAAGCUGAGAUAUCUUCAACCUCAUAGUAAAUUAAAUUCACUGAACUCCU